GAUAAUCUGCGGUCUGGCAGCGGACCGCGCCAUACACUGCUUGUGUUUUGGACUAGCGAUUCACGGACCGGAAAGACCGUAACCAAGCUGAUCGAGAAACGGGCGAAGCAGAUUGGAAUUUCGACGAUGACGCAGCUGAAGGUUGCAGCUUUGGAUCUCCAGGCGCCUGGGCACCAGUUUGGUAGGGCUGUCGGGUGGGUAUUUAGCCAGUUGGCGCAGGCACAGCAGGCGCUGCUGGUGACGUCGUCGAGUGUGCUGACAAUGGUCAAGGAUGCAGUGCUCAAUAGCCUGCAUCUGAUGGUGGGCAGUGUUUGCAAGCUGGCUACCCACCAAUCGAGCAACGAACUAGAUGUGCAAGGUGUUCAACUGGACAGUGGACAUAGUCAACUCGUACCUCGAGAUUCUGAAUUCGCGGCUGCUGGAAAAGUGGGCCAAACUGCCCAAGCUCUCCACGUACGCGCAUGUGGAUGAGUCCCAGGGCGAGCUGCGCGUCGAGUACUUCUUCCACAGCAUGCCAGCUCUAGGUGCUGUGGCGGGAGCUGCGCUAGACGACAUUUUCCAGGCGUGUGCCCUCGGCCAAAUAUCGCCCCUGGUCGCACAUCUGAGGGCACUGGAAUUUACAACACGGCACCAGCUGGAUCUGCUCCAGCAGCGGAUGCCCAGCGACCUGUACCUCGAGCGGACUCUAGUCGACAGCGAGAUAGCAGACGCAAAGCUGACAGCCCAGCAAUCGGCGGACCAGGCUGCGGAUCUGUGUCGCCAGGGCGCGAUGGUCGUGGAGUCGCCGCCAGCCUCCGUCAUAUCGAUGCAGUCGGUGCCGUCGCUCAAGCGGACGCAGUGCUGCUCUGAAUUUGCUGAACCGCCUUUGUCGAUUAUUGCUGAGGACAUCAACCGUAGCACACUGUCGGUGAAGAGAACGCGCCUGGCGGCUUCCGCGCGACUGAGUAAACUUCAGGAGGCAUUGGCGCGUGCGCACCAGCAAUUGCAGUAGACAUAUAUUUAAAACUAGGCAGGACGGAUUGCGCGCUUGAUCAUGGAGCUCCAGAGGCCGGCAGAUGGCGCGACGCUGAUGUGGAAUGGGAACGGGUUGCCGUGCGUGCUGGCAAUCAGCGGUAUGUGGUCCUUGUGCUGAUCCAUCUGAGU